UGUUUAUACAGUUGCGGUAUUUCCUUAGUGGAAUCUUCAUUAUCCCUCAACUUGCAAACCGGAAGCGUUUUACAGUCGAACUGUGUGUUUUGGUGCCAUCAGGCAUUGCCAGGUACCGAUGAACUGUCUGCACAACCGUAGUAAACAGUUUAGGUUCCUUUCAUCUCACUAGGGCGGGUCCAUUCUUCUGUCAAUGCUACAGGGAUACCAAGAUGGAAAUGCAGGGGCUCUCCGAUGCCCAAAACAUUCACUCGCAACAUGGCGACGCACGCACAAAGACGCAGUCUGCUUUGGGACCAGUUAGUGGGGGAAUACAUCGUUUUCUUUCCCCGGAAAAUGAAGCGGAACUACGACUGGAAUCGCCUGAAUUUGGAAAUGACAACAGCAGAGUCAGAGCGAGGCUAUCCCCGCUUCGCCUACUGGCGGAGAACGGUAGCGAGGUGGCUUUUUCGCCUUUCAACAAGCUGCAACUCGGCGACAAAAACGGUGUUUUGGAUCGCGGACAGACCGAAGCACUCCGUAACGUGAACACGGAGCAAGAGGGCGAGAACAUUGAUAUCGUAAGCACGUCGAACUUUGGCAUUUCUGGCCAGAGAAGCGGAGCGGAGAACCUGGACUCGAUAAUGCAAAUGGCGCUGCUUACACCAGAAGGGGAAGAGGAACCGACGCGACAUCAGCGGCUAACAUUACCAAUGCCAGUUUUACUGCAUCCGCGUGGGAACGGAGCGCCCAAGCAGCCGUCGGUCGGCGGCCGUAACGACACCGGAGCGGAGGGAAAGGAAAGCAAAAACAACGCUCAAGAACUAUAUGUAGUUUUCAAUGUAUUUCAGGAGGAUAGAAAUGGCGACCGGCUGAGCUCGUCGUCUAAAAUUUGGGACAAAAUGAAAAGACGAGGACUUGAGAGCUCGAAAGCUACUAAUGUGGAGCUCGGAAACGCUGGUAAAGCUGUCGGCUGUUCCAACGAACUCCCGAAUCGGCUAGAUUCUCAAUGUUUGAAAAAACCGGAGGAGAUGGAUUAUUUGGUCGAGGGCUCUUCAGCCAAGGUAGGACCUAAGCAAGUGGACAAUUACCAUACUGUCGAAGACGCUGUUUUGGCGGACACGUACGACGAGGAGGUAUGUGCCCAGAUGUGUACCGAGACAAAUGAAGAAAAUGCAUUGCGAGACCUGUCGUUUCAGGAACGGAAUGAUGAUUUAAUUUCUACAAAUUUGGACAUUGUGGAAACUAUGGAGGCCUCGCAGUUAAUUUUAGACUCUGCUCAUGUGGAUGCAAACUCUACCAGUCUUUCCUCGGGUCUGCAAACAAAUGAAACAUUUUCUGGAACUCUUAUGAUAAACAAUCAAACCAUAAUAGUGACCAUAGAUAACGGAACCUUGACUUUGGCAGCUCCAACUGAAGAAUAUGUUCACAGAGAGGAUGAUUUGGUGAGUUUAAAAGAGCAUUUGGGAGUGAAGGAUCAUGAAGAUAUUGUUCUUCUCAACUAUGACAGUGGCACUAAAGCAAUUGGGAAGAUCAGUACAUUGGCAGUUUCCAGCCACCAGGAAGAGGCUGGAACAGAGUUGUCUGUAUGUGAUUCGGAGCUGUCUGUCAUGGACAAUAUAUCUUUGCCAAUGCUAAGCACCCCUGUAAACUCCUGUUCUAUUAUUAAGCAGGAGGCUGGUGUCUUGCAUGAAAUAACAGGGGCUGAGGUCACCUCAUCUCCGAAGCCUGCAAUAACAAACAAAGACUCUAAAUGUGGACGGCUGAUAAGGGCCAACAAAGUAAUAGCGGUUUCUUUUACCUGCCCAGAUACAGGGUGCUCGUGUACAUUUGACACGCGACAAAAAUUGAAGGUUCACCUUUUGAACCAUGCUGAAGACCCACGGCCCUACCAAUGCACAGUGGAAGGCUGUGGCUGGGCAUUUGCCACAGCCUACAAACUUAAGCGGCAUCUACAGUCACAUAAUAAGCAACGACCGCAUACCUGUCAUUUUGAAGGCUGUGGCCGUUGUUUCACCACAGUCUACAACCUUAAGGCUCAUACAAAAGUCCACGAGCAGGAGGAUGCCUUUAUCUGUGAGGUCUGCAACGAGAGGUUUCGCAGUGCAACGCGACUUGGCAAUCACCAGAGAGUCCACUUUGAACCACAGAGACCCCACAAGUGUGAAUUCCCAGGAUGCGAGAAAACUUUCAUCACCUUCAGUGCCCUCUACUCCCACAACCGCACUCACUUCAGAGAAACCGGACACUUCACCUGCACUUACCCAGGAUGUGGCAAGAUGUAUGAUAAAGCCUGUCGUCUGAAGAUCCAUUUGCGAAGUCAUACUGGUGAGAGGCCAUUUGUUUGUGACUCAGAAGGGUGUGGCUGGUCCUUUACAAGCAUGUCAAAAUUGCUUCGUCACAAACGAAAACAUGAUGAUGAUCGGCGCUUCGUCUGCACAGAGGAAGGUUGUGGCAAAUCCUUUACUCGGGCAGAGCACCUCAAAGGUCACAGUAUCACUCAUCUAGGCACUAAGCCCUUUCAGUGCCAUGUUGAAGGUUGCAAUGUUAAAUUUUCAGCUCGCAGCAGCCUCUACAUCCACACAAAGAAACAUAAGCAGGACACAAGCAUCCCUCGAACUCGAUGUCCUGUUGCCGACUGCUCAAAGCAGUUCUCUUCCCGCAGCACCCUUAGGAGUCACAUGCUUAAACAACACCAGCUUAGCCCUGAUGCAAUGACCCAGAUGGAGACCACACCCACCCUGACACCUAGCAGCGAACUGGUUAGCCCGAUUCCAGUCACAGUUUCUGGGUCAAGUAUUCCUGGAAGUGACCAACUGACUAACUUGGAUCUCAGCUCUCUUUUCUCAAAUGUGCCUGGAUCCAACACAUCACCCGCCGGUGUUGGUAUUCCUAUCAGUGGAAGCACCGCAAACUCCAAUGGCACUUUAACUAUGGACCUUUCCAUGGUCAGCUCAAGCAUCCUGACAAUAGACCAAUCUACAGUUGGCACAGCUCUUUGCACUUCAGACAGCAGCACAUUGGCCAGGCCCAUGGACCCUCUCAUUCUAACACCUAGUAUUGAAAUGGGUCCCCAUCACAGUUUGGGUAGCACAGUGGGGGAUGUUUUACCUCCUCAGGGCACCCUCAAUCUUGAUGAUGUGCAGAGUGUGACACCAGAGGCCUUGGGAGCACUUACAUCUCUUUCCAUGCAGGGUCCAAGUGCCCUUACAGAGCCCACACUUCAGCACCAACUCAGCUCCUCCAAUGCUCUUGUCGUAGAAAGUUCAGCUUCUGUUGCAGUUGCUCCUGUUGCAGAACUGAUAUCCUCAUCUGCGAAGAUGGUAGAGAAUGGUGGCUCUGCAAGGACAGACUACAGAGCCAUUCAGCUAGCCAAACGGAAGAAGCAGAUCUGUCCUUCAGUCUCUGGGGGAACUGGACCGAGUCAGAGAAAAUCAAAAGGAGUCAAAUCCACGCCAUCGAGUGCUCGCCAUUGUGAAGGACCAGCACCUGCUUGUGGCGGCCUACUUCUGCGUGACUCUGUCUCCGGGACUCAAUUUGUCCAAAUUCAGCUAUUACAGGAUGACCCAGCCAGUGAUGGUGAUCUAGCCUUUCAGCUCAGCUCCCAACCCUCCGCCUCUCACUCUCAGCUUACCGUUGACCUUCCUGUCAACAUUUUACAGGAAACUACCGUAAUCACAGAGGAAAACAGUGGCUCUGACAACUCUCAAUUCACAGGAAGCACAAUUAACCUUCAAGACCUAGAGUGACCGACCACACUUUUUUCCUUCCUUGCCACUGGAUGAUGUUAACUUGAGGAAAAUUACAGCCAAGUUCCACUAAUAUUUUAUAUGCGAUUUAUUGAAGACUGGGAUGAUGGUUAUCCAAUCAUCAACUUUCUAUCUUUAUGGACAUACGUAUGCUCGAGCUUCAUCAACCACACAAACACGGGCGGUAAAAAUAAGCUUUGAUAUUUACAGCAAGUCACUGACACAUUUUGUGUUAAACCUGAGCGCAGUCAAAUUCAGACACUUGGAUUCAUCUUUCUUUAUUUCCGCAUUAAUAAAAUAUUUGCUUUUGUGCCACGUGGUUUGCAUGUCACAGUUUGAUGUGUUUACACUAUUUUUGCUGUCAACACACGUGGGUGCAAACAUUCACAUUUAGCUAUUUCCCCCCAAUUUCCAUUGCCUGCUAACUUUAAAACAGUAACAGAAAAACCCUGUUUGAAAAUAAAUUCCUGUACAAUGUGUGUGUGUGUUGAAGGAUGUUGAUUCAUUAAUGAGCUUUAUGAAGGUAUCUGGAGCAAUUCCUAUGGGGCAGAGCCAAAUAGACUAAUAAAAUAUGUGAAAGCACAGUCAUUAGGGCCCGAGCACUAAGCGUGCGAAGGCCCUAUUGUUUUGCAAAGGAUUAUUUAUUUAUUUAUUUUUUUUUCAGGGUAAAUGAAAACGGCCAAUUUGGAGGCCUGAACAUGCACGAAAAGUCAUCAAAAUUUGCACAUACGUGCGGAAAAUUGUAAAUUUAGAUAAUUUUGCAACGUUGCAAAAAAAUAACAAAAUGGCUCAGUGGCGCCCCCUUGAAAUUUUAAAAUUGGCCUAUAACAUUAGGGUCUGUCAGCGUAGAGCAGUGCUUCUCAAUUAUUUUCUGUUACGCCCCCCCAAGGAAGACGUAAAUGUUUCGCGCCCCCCCAACUCUCUGCCGCCACUGUAAAUAGUAUCAUUCGUCUUUAUUACUAUUAUAAGUACGCCUCAGCCUAACAUUGUGUCCUUUUUUUUCUAUUAAAGAAAAAAAGUAACAUAGAUCAACUUAUAAUAAAGUAUAACUUUUUUAACAUUGUGUUGCUUGUAACAGAAAAGACUUAACGCGCAUCAAUUUGCCUGAAGUUAAAAAAAAAAAAAAAAAAAAGUCACAUCCAAACUGUAAAAAUACACUCAAGGUACAUUUUUGACCAUUUGAUACUGAAAAAUAAAAUGUAAUAAAAUCAGUAAAUAAUAACAAAUUCAAAUUGAUUAGAAACAUUUACUCUUCAGGACGACAUGCCAAAAAAUUUGACCGAAAAAAAACAAAACUGAAUAGAAGGGGGGAAAAAGGUCUUUGGACAGAAGGAAAGUUUUUAUUUUCGCUGAUUCACCACAGUGCUCACUGGUUUACUGAUAUAACACUGACAAAGCAGGACGAUUGUGACAAUUGGCUAUUCGGCACGUUUUCGCUGAAAAACAAUCAAGCGGCUUAUCAAUGAGAUUGAGGUCUAAUGUCUUUAAGUGGCGUCUUAACUGAUUUGGCUUCUCCGCUAUAAUCAUUUUUACACUCAGUAAACAGUGGUCUUUCCUCAUUUCCCACUAUAUUAAAAGUCAAAGGCAAACUGCCCGAAAAAAGCGCAUUCUCGGCGGCCGAGGGAGAACCGUAGGUGAGGGCGGUGGUCGUGACGAUCCCAAGCCGAAAACGGCACUUCUCGGCCGGACACGUGAGAAUCGAAGAAGACAGUGGGUCGCUGCGUGAGUCCGGCUCUGCAUGAGUCUCUUCCGUGUGCUCUUGCUUACUUCAAAAAUACUGCACGCACUUGAAAAUGAGAGCGCCACUGCCACCCACGGAGUGGAUGUGCAAGUACACUUUAUUCUAGUACGGCAAAAAAAAAAAAAAAAAAACAUGUUCCCCGAGUUCACUCGCGCCCCCCCUGGCAUCGCUCUGCGCCCCCCUGGGGGGGCGCGCCCCACCAUUUGAGAAGUACUGGCGUAGAGCAAUGAAAUUUGGGGAGUCUAUACCUUGUCUAAAACCGCUCCAAAAAAGCACUGGCACCCAUAUUCCAAACCCAACAGGAAAUCGGUUAUUUUGGAUCGAAUAUGAAAUUUUUAUCGAUUUACAGGGUGCACAUUUGAGACCUUUUCGCCGAGGGAGUUAGUUGGAUCAUCUUCAAAAUUGGUGAGACUGUUCAGGAGACAUAUGAGAUCUUAAGUUUCUAAAAUGGUGCGUUUUCAUUCACGGGUCUGACCUGGGCGUGGUGCCAAAGUCGGCCAUUUUUUCGGCAAAACACCGAAUUCAGUAAAUGACUAAUAAUUCCUUGACACAACUUUCAAUCUUUUUCAUAUCUGCCAUGUAUAUGCGGUAUCCCAGCCUGAACACGACUGCAUUGAAAUAUUACCCAUUAGGCCUAGCGCCCCCUAGUGAGAACAGGAAAUGCCUUUUUUUACGAGACAGGUUCCUCCUCCAAGGGAAAAAAAUCUGUUGUCCUCAAACCUGCAUCAGGGGAGCCUUAAGACCUGUGUUCAGGUGCCUGAUGAAAAAUAUUGAGGUUUAGUUGAGGCGGAGGGGUCCAAACAGGAAAGUGAAAAUGACCGUCAACAAUUUGUCACGCAAAAAACUUUGAACAGUCAUAACUCGGCAGAUAAACAACAUAUCUACGCCAAACUUCCCGUGCUUGUUGAGAGUCAUACCCUGAAGGGUCUUGUAGGGGUCAUUUGCAUCAACUCUACAGUGCCAACUAGUGGCGACAGAAAGGAGUUUUAAAAAAAGGCCUUUGCUAUUGGGUUUUUUCAACGUAGAGCAAUGAAAUUUGGGGAGUCCAUACCUUAUGCAAAACUGCUCCAAAAAGUCUCUUGUACCAUUUUCCAAAUCCAACAGAAAAUCGGGUAUGUUGGAUCGAAUGUGAAAUUUUUAUCCAUUUGUAGUACAGUUUACAUUUGGAGGCCUGAACAUGCACGAAAACUCACCAAAUUUUGCACAUACAUGCGGCUUUGCGUGUAUUUGAAUAAUCUUGCGACGUUACAAAAAAAUGUAACAAAAGGGCUCAGUGGCGCCCCCUUGAAUUUUUCAAAAAGGCGUUUCCUAUUAGGUUUUUUUAACGUAGAGAAAUGAAAUUUGGGGAGUCGAUACCUUGUGCAAAACUGCUCCAAAAAGUCUCUUGAACCCAUAUUCCAAACCCAACAGGAAAUUGGGUAUUUUGAUCGAAUGUGAAGUUUUAUCAAUUAACAGGGUGCACAUUUGAGACCUUGUAACAGAGGGAGUUAGUUGGAUCAUCUUCAAAAUUGGUGAGACUAUUCAGGAGACAUAAGAGAUCUAAAAUUUUCUAAAUGGUGCGUUUUUAUUGACAUGUCUGACCUGGGCGUGGACUUAAGUCGGCCAUUUUUUCAGCAAAAUGACAAAUUCAAUAAAAGACUAAUAGCUCCUUGACACAACGUUCAAUCUUUUUCAUAUCUGGCAUGUAUGUGCGGGAUCCCACCCUUAACACGAGUGCAUUGAAAAAUUACCCAUUAGGCUAAGCGCCCCCUAUUGGGAACAGGAAAUGCCUUCUUUUACUAAACAGGCUCCUCCUCCAAGGAAAAAAAAUAUAUUCACCUGAAACCUGCAUCAGGGGAGCCAUAAGACGUGUUCAGUUGCCUGAUGAAAAAUACUGAGGUUUGGUUGAAGCAGAAGAGUCCAACAGGAGAAGUGAAAAUGACUGAAGCCAUUUCGUCUCACCACAAGUUUUGAACAGUCAUAACUUCUACAACAUAUCUGCGCCAAACAUCUCGUGCUUGUUGAGUCAUACUCUGAAGGGUCCUGUAGGGGUCAUUUGCAUCAACCCUACAGCGCCAACUAGUGGCAAUAGAAAGUCACUCAUUUUUCUAAUAUAUGUCCAGUUCUUUUCAGGUUGGUCAUCAUAGUUUCAAGACCUUUUGAAAUAUUUAUUUUACGGCCCAUGUCCACAUGUCUCUGUCUGUUGCCGUGACAACCCUUUAUUUGCUCCUUUUUUGUAGUACUCUGUCCAAUAGGGGUUUUUAUCUCUUAGGUGUGUGAAUGUAAAGAGGCAACGUUCAAGCAUGUUAGGUUCUAAUGAGAUGAUUAGAGAGGACGAUCUGCCACCACCCUGACCUGCUCACUUUCCGAGUUGCGUGCCGUCCGAGUUGCGCUAGAUUGCGAGGGCCCGUUCAGUCCUGCUUGCAGGCCUAGUUGUUGUUUGUUUCUUGACCCUCGUUAGGACCCAGGCAGCACUGUUCUGGAUGUGCUAGAGCUUCUGGGUUCUCUUGAAAGUAGUCCUGAAAAAGAGUCUAGUACUAUAAUCAAUCCUUGCGAAGAUGAAGAUAUGGACCUUUGCAGCAUCCAGUGUGUUUUGAAGUUAAAUGCUGCCUGAUGGCCCGGAACAAGAAAAAAAAUCCACUCCCGAACAAGCGGCCUUAAUUGUGCUAUAUGGAGUUUGUCACCUUUUUUUUUUCUCGUGACUGCCACCUCCGGCCUAAAGUGUAACUGCAGCCUGUGUUUAGCUCUGCAUGACGCACACACUUGUACGAGCACGAAGAUAAAGCUGUGAGCGUUU